GAGUAUAAAAGUGCCGAUUGUCAUCGGCAAUAGCACUCGUAUUUCGGCACAGAUCCGAUAAAGGUAUCGUAAAAGAUCCACUGAACAAAACACAAUGGCAGCUAAGCUCUUCGUGAUCGCCUGCAUCCUGGCCGCGGCCAACGCUGGCUACAUUGGUGUGCCCUCCGCCCUGUCGGUCGCGCCGAUAGCGCACAUUCAGCCCCACGCCAUCACUUCGACGUCCGACAAUAUACUGCGCAGUCACGGCAAUUUGGCUCAAGUGGCCACGCAAACCAAGACCAUCGACACGCCGUUCUCCAGCUCGAGCAAGACUGACAUCCGCGUGAGCAAUCCGGCCACGAUCGCCUAUGCUGGAUACGCUGCGCCCCUCGCUCAUCCAGCCACCCCCUUGGCAUACUCUGCCGCGUACCCCGCUGCCAUCCCCGCUGUACGUGCCGCUCCAGCCGCUCUCGGAGUCGCUUACUCGCCGGCCGUCGAAGUGUCCCACAUGAGCUACAGCAGCCCGAUCGGAAUCGCCUAUGCUUAUUAAAUCGACCACGUCUCUCUCACAUUGUCACGCAAUGUUGUCUGUUCUUAUAUAUAUAGCGAACCAAUAUUUAUGUAUUUAUUCGACAUCUUGUACUUAUCCGUGUACGCCAUAAAUUAAUGGCACACGUGAUUUAUGUACGUACACAAUAAAAAUCAUUCUUCUUCUCCAAAC